GCAAUAUCGAUCAGCGUCGGAGCCAUUGGAGGAGACUAAAUUCAGACUUCGCUCCCCGAUGACUCGAAAGAUGGCCAACCAGCACAAACCAGCCUUAUGGGAUGAUCCUAGGAGAACCUUGCACUUGUUCGUCCAACGCCAGGGCUACCUGGACAGAGUAUUGGCCAAGUCCGUCCAUAGCCCCACGAGCACCACUUAUAGCAGCAAAGCUCCACCCAGAGCCCCUAUGGCAACUUUCUAGCUCAUGCAAAAUGUCGUCGUGGGCUGUUCACGAGGUGGAAGUUCACCCCAAGUUCUACGCUGCGAUGCAACCAGCACACCAUCUUGCACGAACCCCUCUUCAUGUUAUAGGCGGACGCUAGAUGCAGCUUAUGUCCCUUCCAGAAAAUGAUUUUCAAAGACCCGACCUUGAACAUGGUCGAACGCCCUCCUGGGCCAGCUCAGGAGGGACCGGGCCAUCACAGGAAGUUUCUCACCUCGCCGCUUAUCCAUAUACUCUCCUCAGCCUUUUUCUGUAUCGUCAUUGUGGUAAUAGCUUUUUGUCUUGUGAUAUACCUACCAGACUCUCAAAACGACAGGACCGGCCAAUGUUUCACUAUGGUUCAUAAGCUAUCGCCAUUUUUAGGACUGGGAGCAUUGGGGUUAUGCGCGACGAUUCCAAGGGAUGGGGCGUUUGCACUCAGUGUACCCCCGAAUUCAUCAGAAACAGCAUAUGUGGAUACUGCCUUCAUUGGGUUUGCCUUCGAGCAGGCUUCCUUCAACGAGUAUGCCAGAGACAAUGACGGCACCAUCAAUGCUUUCUCCACCAACCUCAUCGACAAUACCAUGUCUCGCACUGGCGGAACACCCCUCAUACGUGUCGGUGGGACGUCCGCCGAUUAUGGGAGAUAUGUCCCUGGCCAGGAUGCUGUUGCCAUUCCCAAAGCCGAGGUUGACAACUACCAGAAUGUUGGCAACACCACUAUCGGGCCGGGGUAUUGGGAACUGUGUCAAAAUUUCCCCAACGCCCAGUACAUCAUUCAAAUACCGCUGGCAACGACAAAUGUCAAUGAGACAGUGGCAUGGGCCAAGAGCGCUGUUGAAAUUGUUGGAAUAGACAAGAUACAGGCGAUCGAACUAGGCAAUGAACCAGACCUAUACUCCCCGAACUUCACAGAGGACCAAGACGGGGUUUCAGUCACUUUGGGACCGCCAGACUACCAAGGAAAAUUCACAAACGAGACAUAUGUUCGGAACUGGACCACAUACGCUGCUGCGGUCAUUGCAGGAGUCGACCUACCCACAGAGCCCAUUUUCCAAGCGUUCGAUGUUGCAGCACACGUAGGCGCUGACAUAGGAAAGACGGCAUACGUCCUGGAUACUGAGACAUGCUUCAACCUGGGCAUCAAUCAGGAUAAUAUCAUCAAAACCGUGGCACAUCAUUAUUACCAGAAUCAGGCUGGGUCUGCUGAGACCCUCGCCACUGGCCUCAUGACCAUGAGUGUCACACAUAACCGUCUCGAUCUGCAUAAGAGACGCAUCAACUGGCUAAAGGCAAACAGGCCGGAAAUCCCCUUUAUCCUAUCUGAGGUGGGAAACUCGCUCAAGAAAACGCACACCUACGAGUACCAAAAUCGCCUCGGCAGCGCGCUGUGGCAGGUUGACUUCUAUCUAUACGCCAUGGCCAUUGGCGUGACACGAAUCAACUACCAGCAGAUUAUGCACGCGGGGUAUAAUCUCUGGCUGCCAGUCGAGAGCGCCGGGAUGCCAGCACAGGUCUUUGCGAAUUACUACUCGCAGCCGUUCGUGGCCGACUUCAUUGGAUCAUCUGGGAAGACGACCAUGCAGAAGGUCGAGUUUACCAAUGCAGGCUCGGAGACUAACGUCGCCGCCUAUGUAGCGUUUGAAGACGGUGCGCCGAAGAGGGUCGCUAUUACAAAUCUGCAUUAUUGGAACGCAACGUCAUCGGGGAUUGAUAGGCCAAGCGUGCAAGUUGGAAUCACUGUGCCUGAUGGAGUGGCUUCUGUCAAGGUGUAUCAUCUGAGUAGCCCGGACGGUGCUGGCGCUGGUGCUGAGAGUAUUACGUAUGGUGGGAGUCAGUGGACGUACGAGAGUGUGGGCAAGGAGAUCACAGGGGUACAGGAUGAUACUGAAACUAUAGAUGUGAUGGAUGGUGUUGCUAUGGUAGCGGUUAACAGCAGUGAAGCUGUGCUAGUUUGGUUAUAAGUAGUGAGGAUUGAUAUGAAAGGACAACAUCAUAGGUAAAUUGGUUCAAAUAGCCUGACUGCGUGUGCGAGCCUGUUGGUUCUGUCACGAACCAAUGACGAUGAAUAUUCCAC